ACGCUGAGCCAACUCUUCGUCUGACUGCGCUGCGCGGCGACGGUUUUCCGUGCUGGGCUAUGUAAUGUUUGCUGCUUCGCUGGAAAGGCAAGGGGCGCCGCUACCAACAUUGCGGUGCGGUGCGGUGUGGUUUGAGUGCAACUUAUGGGAGCGAGCACAGUACAUCUUUUUCUAGGCUGGUCUUACAAUUCAGUUUGUGUUCGACUUUACAUUGUUCAGCAGCAGUGGAGCAGUAGAGCAACCAGCAGUGGCACAAGCGUUACAACUUUAAAACUCGUAAUUGUAACGUUUUCGAACAGCUGAUUGUUGGCAGUGCAAGUGCAUUGGCGUGUUGUUAGACAGGUCGUGGCGAGACAAUGUCUCCUAAUAGCAACUUCCUCACAGUGCUUAUAGAUUGAUAUAACCGUUAAGGAGACUUCGGGCAUGGAUACGCAAAAGCUUACGAACAGCUCCAAUGCGUUGGCCAGCAGUGUUCAGUUGGUGAAGGAGCGUAAUCGAAGCAUCAAUAAAGUGAAACUUUGUGGUUAUUUGAAGAAGAAACGAAAUAAAGUUGGCGGUUGGCGUAAAAUGUGGUUUGUGCUGCAGGAUAAAUUGCUGCUCUCCUAUGCAUCGAAGGAGGAGUAUGACAAUAAAUUGGUCUCAUUCAAAGACGUGCUCAAUCUGGUGCCGGGCACAAUGGUGCGUCCUUUGGGUGGCUUUCGCUUCACAAUUGAGACCACAACGCAAGUAAUGUAUACCUUUCACUGCGACGAUCGCAACGCCUACCGCGAAUGGAUUACCAUGCUGCUGGAUAGUUUGACCAACACAACCAGCUCGAAAAUUAUUUCCGCCAACUCCUCCGCCUCAGCGUAUGCGCUGCUACCGAUACAGCAGCAACGUUUCCGCAAUACAUCUGUCGACAAUAUACCGUAUGCGCUGUGGUCGGGUGUAGGGCAGAAUUCACAGCGUCAGCGAGAGCUUUCGUCCAGCUGUGACUCGAUGCGGCAGCGUGUGGAGUUGGCGGACGCCCAGAGUGAGUAUGCGUAUUUGGAGCGCAUGGCAAACGUAAAAACGAGAAAUGGCAUAAAAUCGACGACACGGUCUCUUUUAGCGCCGGCGCUGUCACUGCCCAGCCAUAGUAGCGGCGCUGGUGGUGGCGGGGGUGGUACUGGUGCAGCGGUACGUUUGCCAAUUGCGCGCAGCACAGCGAAAUUACUGGAGCGUAACGGCGUGAAUUCAAGCGAUCCGCUGAAAAAAUACCAACAUCAACAACAACACUACCAAAAACGGCAGCAGCAGCAACAAGUGAACUGUUGCAACAGGAGUAGUGGCACAACAGCUAGCGCAACAAGUUGUAAAAGCUACAACAACAAAAGUAACGACAACGUCACAGAUGCGCGUUUAACUACUGAAGCGAGUGCGACCCACUUCCGUUUGCAUGGUGAAAGUAAUUGGACUGACUUUACCACACUCGACAAUGGCCGCAAUUCCUCAAGUGCUGGCAGCACAUCUUCCUCAGCUUCCGCAUCCGCUUGCCAUGGACCAAUUAACCAAACAGUCUUGAAGAUAAAUAGCAUGUUCCAGCAGCAAUCAAGUUCUUCCACGACGUCGGAAAGCGCCAGCGCAAGCCGCCAACAUGUGGUGAAUAAGGAAUUGCCAUCCUAUCCAAAGCCAACACAAGCGAACUGUGAUCGAAACGAAUUUACUCCAAAGUAUAAGCGUAACAAAAGCAACAUCAAUGCCAGCGAACGCAACAACAAUAACUGGUUGUUGUCAGAUAACUGUUCAAUGAGUGAUGAUGCUGAAGUUGAUGUGGACACCAAUUCUACAGCAUAUGCUAACAACCACAAAGACAGCCAUGCAAUGGUUAUGGUGAAAGACCAAAUUCAACGCAUGAACAUCAAAGGCCGGAAGGAAACCGUGUCGUAUGCGAAUGCAGAUGUCGCAGUCGAGCGACAUGAGCAGAGGCGUAUUGUCCUAACGAAAAAGUUGGAGGAAGAAUCAUUUAUUGAAUCGGCAGCCAGUAUGACCAAAACAGUUGUUGAUGAGGCGCAUGCAAAAUCAGUGGAUAGUGAUCUGGAAAGUGUAGGUGAUGAGGAACAACAACUCGUUGUUGACAAAGCGGCGUCGGCGACUUGUAAUAGGUCAUCAGAGCCGAUUUAUGCUGUUGUGGAUUUGGCGCACAAAUAUGCACAGCGACAGCAACGAAAUGUGCGAAACAAUUUGAAAAGUUUGGAGGCGAAUCGGUGUAGAAGCUAUGAAAGCAUUAUACAGGGUGUGGAGCAUAGUGUGGGUUUGACGAAUGGAAAUGGACCGAUGGGGAAAUCAAAUAGUAAUCUACAUGAUGAUGACAUUGACGGCAUCUACGAGGAUGGUGAUAACUUUGCUGCGACUUGUGAAAAUGGUGGAUUACCAAAUGCUGAAGAGGAUGAAAAUAUAUAUGAACCUGUUGGUUUCGACAAUUUUGGCAGCCAAAAGAUUACGGCCUCUGCGACGCAACCGAACGCUUUUUGGCGCUACAUAACACGUUUGAAAGUCAAUUCGCUGCUGCAGUUUACGCGCAUGCGUCGUCACCAGCACACUGACUAUGACACCAUAGACUUAUCAACGCCAUCACCGUCACCCACACCCGCAGCGAGCAAUAGCAAAACAAAAACAACAUUAGGAAAGAAACAGCCAGCGGCAGUGUCUGCUACCACGACAAUACAAACAAACACAACGUCAUCACAAUUUGCCAGCAUUAAACGCAAAUUCGGCGCACACCGCAAAUCGAUGCAGGUGCGUGUGCGUAAAAUAUGUGCGCGCCACUAUGAACCAAAGACAAAUUUCGGCAAUAAACAAGCCACACAACAACAACUGAAUGGUAAUGGACACUUUGCUGGCGGUGGCAGUGGUGGUGGUGCGGCGAACGGUCUCAACAGCGUGGGUGGGGCGGCGAAAAAGUCAAAAUAUCGUUGGAAGUCAGUGAAAAUUAGGCCAAAGCAUUUUAAUGGCGCCUACAAUGGCAAUAACUGUGGCACGAGUUGCACAACUGAUGAUAUAAGCUGUAAAUCGACGCGGCGACAAUCUUUCUUCGGCAGUCUGCCGCACUUGCGCAAAGCGCGUGUAUCGCUUUUCUCCACGCCAAAUUUACAUUUGACGGCGAAAGAUCAGAAUUGUAAUGUUAGUAAUGUGAGCGAGGUCUUUGAUAAAGCGACUGAGGAUAAAAUGCCAGCGGAGCGUAAGCGUGAAUAUGAAGAGCUGAAUGAGAGCAGCUGAGCGUAUUCAUGCACAUUUUUGUGGAAUGAUGAAUAAUGCAAUCAUUUUUAAAAACUGAGUGUAGAUGUACUUAUUUUAUUAUAUUUAGUCUAAGUAAACAUUUGCGCAAAUGUUUGUAAAACGAAUAAAAGUCAGUUUUAAGGCUCGUAA